CGAUAGAGCCCGUCUAUGAGUAUUGUUUCAAUUCGAAGAAGAAGUUCGCGUCUGCUGGUCGUGAUCCUGCAUUCGAUCACACAUUGAUCAGCCGAGUAGUAAGCGACUCUUAUAGCAGCCGCGUAUGCGCUGAAAUUUGGUCUGUCUGAAGCUACGAGGUGGAUUGAGGAGAUGUCUUGUGGCUUUCCUAGGGAUCUGGGUCGCCUCAAGCUGCCGUACGGGUUCCGAGACCCGCAUCAGACCUGCAAUGAUCCGUCCUGCAAUCGCAUUAGAAGGUGGGGAGGACAUAAGUGGAUCCCCGGCUGCACCGUACAAGCACUUUGCGAAAACGUGAAACAGUGCAACGAGCCAUUUCGCAUAGUGAACUCAGAAAACUACCGCAAGUCGGAGCUCGACAAAUACAGUCAUCAGUUUGUGGUCCUGAAAUUCGAGCCUGGCUACCAACCAGCGAUCCACGAGCUACAGCAAUGGUUCAUGAGUUUGUACUUCAACUUCGACAUCAAGGCGGAACUGGAAGCUGUCCUGGAGAAUGACUUCCUCUUGGUGAACUGUUUCUCUUGUGAAGAACAGGAUAGAAUGCUGUCUCUGAGUCCAAUUUUCCUCAUGGACCGCUAUGCAGCUGUGAGCCCUUACAUCCCGGAUUUCGACCCAGACAAACCCCAUGAGCAGCCGAUCAAGGAGUUAAUGUGGGUCUCCCUGCAGCACAUGUCCAAAGUCGCGCAGAUAAUAUUACCGAAGAUUCUGGCACCCAUUGGCGAAGUUCUUCAGCAGGAGGAGACGACUGUAGACGGCGUGUUUACUAUCAGAGUCCUGUUGGAAACUUGCUUAUUCCGAACUGGGGCUGUUCCCUACGUUAGAAUACCAUUGGGCAGAGGGUUCACCGAGGUGGUGCACAUCGAGUACGAGGAUCUGACCCUCAGAUGUCAAAGAUGCGGCGAGUUCUCCCACCCGGAGUCUGAGUGCGAAAAUCUGGUCAAGUGCUACAGGCUUUUCUCGCUUGUCACAUCUGUACAUAUACCCCAGUGACUGAUGUUUGUCCUACGUUUGAGCUGUCACCUCUCAGAGAAAUCAUGCAUCUUCAACAAAUGUACUUUGGUCCCGGUUUCAAAAGAAAUUCUCAAUUCUGUGGCAUAAUCUCACUCACUCGUAGGAAGCUUUGAGAUGAUAUCUCAGUGUGUACCAGAAGAAGCUUUGUGGACACUGAUUGUAUAAAUCGUAUCUCUGCUUGAACGGUGAACUUUUCUGCCACUUUUUGCUCGUUCGUUUGUCCACGGUUACGAGACAGUUUUAGUUUAUAGACAUUUGUUAGGAAAGCUUCGUCGGAAAGUGAAGUGAAUGUACUCUCGAUGU